AAUCAAAUCAGCAAAAUUAGCUGCUGGCAAUGGAUGAAAACAGCCUGAUCUACGGGCUGGAGUUGCAGGCUCGUGCCCUCACGCCCCAGUACGGCGAAAGCAAUGAGGUUUGCUUUUUUAUUGCCACAAACUCCUUGAAGCCCACCAAUCAGUUGCAUUUGAUCUCCUACGACGAGGAGCAGGGUUCCAUACAGUCCAAGGUGUUUGAGCAUGCACUCGGCGAGGUUUGGAAGCUAAACAGUUGCCCACAUAACUCCCGCCUGCUGGCAUCUGUCUAUAAUGUCCAAAAGGGAGCACAGGUGCAGGCUCAUGCAGCACUUUUAACGCUACCGGAGGAUUUGAGCCUGCCAGACGGCCAGGAACUGAAAUCGGAAUACCUUCCUUGGGGGCAAGUAGAAGUUUUAGACACCGAAGCCUUUGGCGAACGCGUCAAAACCAUCGAAUUUCAUCCCAGCCAGGAGCAGACAUUGGCCUGCGUGGUGGACAACAAAGUGGCGGUUAUGCAGCGCGCAGAAGCCUCGACCCGCGUGGUAGCCGAUGUGCCAGUGACCAGCACAGGAAGUGCCAAGCACACGGUGCCCUUUACCACCGGCAAAUGGUCGCAUCAUCACCAGGGCCACCAGUUCCUCGCCUUGCAUGACUGUAGCCUAAGUGCAUACGAUGUGCGCGACACACAGCAUUGCGCGUGGAGCAUAAGCGAUGCCCACAGUCAGAUGGUGCGCGACUUGGACUGCAAUCCGAACAAGCAGUGCCAUCUAUUGACCGGCGGGGACGAUGGCUACCUCAGGAUAUGGGACUGCCGUAUGCCCAAGGCGCCAGUUUUUGAGCGAAGCGAUCACUCCCACUGGGUGUGGUCGGUCCGCUUUAAUACAUUCCACGACCAACUGGUCCUAUCCAGCUCCAGUGAUUGCAAGGUCCUCCUGACGUGCGCGGGCUCUGUUAGCUCAGAGACACAGGCCCAGGCUGGCCUAGAUGGGGCGCACUUUGGCGGCGGGGAAACUGAGGAGCGGCACAAAGUGCUGUCGGAUGGUCUACUUCAGACCUUUGACCAACACGAGGACUCGGUGUACUGCGCCGAAUGGAGCAACGUAGACCCAUGGAUUUUUGCAUCUUUGAGCUACGAUGGUCGGGUAAUAAUCUCAAAGGUACCAAAGCAGUAUAAGUAUCAGAUUAUAUUUUAAGUUGUAUUAUUCAAAUUGUAUUAUUAAAAAUAAAGUGUUUAGCCUGUGUCCUCUGA